CUGGCAGGGGACAUCACCCAGCAGAUUCAGGAAACAGAACAGCAACACAAAGAGACUUGCCAGAAACUUAGUCAGACUCUUGCACAAGUGCAGCCACAUCAUCAGACUCUCCAGGCUGACCUCCAGUCAGUGAAUCAGCAGCUGCAGACCAUGGAAGCAAACUCUUCAAUGAUGAAAAACAAAAUUGAAGAAAUGGAUGCAGCACAGGCUAUGAUGGACAGAUUUGUGACAAAAGCAGAAAAUGAGAUCCAGAUUUUGACGUCUGAGAUGCAGGAACAGGAGCUUCAACUGGAUGCUGGACGAAAGAUUGUCAAUGAUCUCCGCCAUCGGCUUGAUGAGACUCUAGAACGUUUGCGAGGCAGUGAAAGCCAGCACAAACAUCUGCUUAGUCAAAGACAAGAAGUUCUCAACAAACAUGAGAGGGACAGAGCUUUGUUCAUGGAGAAAAACCAGCAACUGGCAGCCAAGUACAGGCAGCUGCAGAUGGACUACUUGCUCCGCAAGGAGCUGAUGCUGAAAAGCUAUGAUGAGAGAGUCAAAGGGGAAGCAGCAAUUACAGACAUGAAGCAGCUGAAGUCCCUUCAGGGUAAACUCCAUGGAGCCCUGGUGGAGUUUUUUAAGGUCAGCAACCUCUAUGGUACCACAGCCUUGUCCACGCUGGAACAGGAGUCCUUGGUGAAUGCUGGGAGAGUUUCUGAGCUUCAUGUCAACAUGCAGCAAGCACUUGAUGACAUUGCACAGUUUCUGAAUGCCCGAAGGGAGGGAAAACUGGCUAAAGUGUCCACAGUAGGAUCUGUCUGGACGGGAACUGAACACUCCCCUGUUGUAACAUUUGAAGAUGGGGUCAAGGCUGCAAAGCCAAAAUUUAGGGUUGAGGUUAAACAGUUGUAG